AUCAUAGAAUAUAAUUCAGGCGAACAAUGGCCGCAGAUACGCUUGAGCAAACGUAAAAAUAUGUCUAGAAGAGCAGUACACUUUUGAGUGUGAGACACCCAGUAAUGGCGCUUCUAAGCGGCUCCAUCAUUAUUCUCGUAACGGUGACCUAUAUCCAUGCUGCUCCAGGAGGACCACCACCAAAAAAUCCGCCAAGGCAAACACCUCCCAUGUGUACGAAGCCACCGGUCCUGGGCCUCUGUCAGCCAUUAAAUCAGGCCUGGUAUUUUGAGCCGAGACACAACCGAUGCAACAUGUUCUCCAUGGGCGCGUGUGGUGGAGGACCCAAUAGGUUUCCAUCCGAAAGCAAGUGCAUGGCCACGUGCGCACAGUCCAAAGGUAAAGUGCCGCCAAUGUGCCUGCAAAAACCAGUUACCGGUGACUGUGAAGCAAAAAGAUACGCAUGGUACUUUGAUUAUAAAAAAAGGGAAUGCAAGAUGUUCACCCAUGGCACGUGUGAAUCAGGCAGCAACUAUUUUGCAAGUGAAAGAAAGUGCAAAGAAGUGUGCCUGCAAGUAAAGAAUCCAACACUCGUCUGCAGCGACACGCCGAGAUCAGGCUAUUGUUUUGGCUUAAACACUUACUGGUAUUUUGACCAGAGCAAGAACAACUGCUAUCACUUCAAGGGCUGGUGGUGCGCAAAAAAUGCUAAUGGAUUUAGGUCUUACAAAGUCUGCAUGGACAGGUGCAGCUAUACGUGAUUACCCAGGAAUUGUCCACAAUGCAAAGAGAAGACGGAACCGCAACCUGAGCAGAAGAAACAAGCAGUAAAAGGGCCGAAAUAAAAGCAAUCUGUCCACGCUCGCAGAAA